AUGUCCCUGGGCGACGUCGCGCCAAGCUUUGCACUGGAGAGUGACGAGGGACAGGUGGUCCACCUGCACGACUUCAGGGGCAGGUCGGUGGUGCUCUUCUUCUACCCCGGCGAUUUCACGUCAGUGUGCACCAAGGAAGCCGAGCACUUCCGAGACAGCAUCGACGCCUUCAGCGCCAAGGGUGCUGUGGUGCUGGGCGUGUCGAAAGACCCGGUCGAGUCGCACCGCAAGUUCAAGAAGGAGCACAAGCUGCCCUUCACCCUCCUCUCUGACUUGACGGGGAAGGUGCACAGGAAGUACCGGGUGGCGGGCAGCCUCGGUGGGCUGCUGAAGGGCCGCAAGACGUUCGUGAUCGACAAGGAGGGCAUCAUAGUGCACAUCUUCGAGUCGGCCCUCAACUGGAAGAUGCACGUCUCCGAAGCCCUCGCCCACUGCUGA